AUGGUGAGAAAAUUAAAGUUUCAUGAGCAAAAAUUGCUGAAAAAGGUAGAUUUUAUAUCAUGGAAAGUCGACAACAAUUUAAACGAGGUAAAGGUCAUGAAAAAAUAUUAUGUACAAAAGCGGGAAGACUACACGAAGUACAACAAGCUAUCACGAGAGAUCCGAGAGCUAGCAAAUAACAUAAAAGAAUUGGAUUCUAACAGUGAAUUCAGAACGGAAUCAAGCGCUCAGUUGCUGGAGAAAUUGUACCAAAUGGGACUGAUUCCGACGCGAUGGGACCUUGCUCUGGCCAUUAACGUAUCCGCGAGCUCGUUCUGCCGGCGGAGACUUCCCGUAGUUAUGAUUAGAAAUAAAAUGUCCGAGAAUUUAAAAGAAGCGACAAAGUUCAUAGAGCAGGGACAUGUGAGAGUUGGGCCUGAGGUGGUGAAAGACCCUGCAUUCCUGGUCACAAGAGCUUUAGAAGACUUUGUUACAUGGGUGGAUGGUUCUGCUAUUAGGAAACAUGUAAUGGAAUAUAAUGAGAUGAGAGAUGAUUUUGACAUGGUGUAAUUGGAAGGAUAUGAGGAAAUCAACGAUCUUAGGUUGACAAUUUGUAAAUAUUGUAUGAAUUUGUUUGUUGUACAUGCUAGUUUUAAUUAAUAAAUGUAAUAAUAACUUUACAAU